AUGGCCACUCCUCCAUCCGUGCUCCGCCUCGUUGCCGUGCUGCUCGCCGCCAGCUCCGCCCUCCGAUCCACCGCCGCCGCCCGCCACGAGAAGACCACCCAUCUGCACUUCUUCCUCCACGACACGCUGAGCGGGAAGGACCCGAGCGCGGUGCUGAUCGGCCGCGCCGCCGGGCGCGACCCGAGGCCCGACGACCCGGUGCCCUUCAGCUCCCUGUACGCCACCGACGACCUGCUCACCGAGGGCCCCUCGCCGCAGUCCAAUGUGGUGGGCAACGCGCAGGGGCUGUGGGUCUCGUCCGGCAGGGGCAAGCUGUCGCUCGUCCUCGGCAUGGACUUCGAGCUCACCGACGGGCCCUUCAACGGCAGCGCCUUCGUCGUGUACUCGCGGAACACGGUGACGCGCCCCGUCGGCAGGGAGCUCGCCAUCGUCGGCGGCCGCGGCGCGUUCCGGUUGGCCCGUGGGUACGCCGUGCUCCGCACGCAUUUCCUCGACAACAACAAUGGCGACGCCAUCAUAGAGUACAACGUCACCCUCGUCCACCCUUAG